AUGGGCUUAUUAGAUAAUCUUAAAGCUUUUGUUCAUUCAAUUACAACAGAAGAUCAUUAUGCUUCAUAUGAUUCACCUUAUAGAAAUGACGAUAAUGAACCAAUUGGUACCAAUUCUCAUAGGUCAUCAACUAAUGACUCAGCAUUACCUUUAAACAACGAUUUAAACAAUUCUCAAUAUUCAUUAGAUAAUUCUACUGGUGCAGCAGGGUUUUAUAGACCAGGUAUGAAAUCAUCUCAACAAGAUUUACCAUUACAAAAUUUUAGUGCCAAUGGCCAACCACCAUUACCGUCUAUAGAUUCAUUAUGGGAUCGAAUCGAAUAUUGGAUAGAACAAGAAUAUCCUGAAUUGGAAGAUAAUUUGAAUGAUGGGGUUACAACUGCUGAUUUAAAUGAAUUUAUGCAAGAUUUACAAAUUGGUAGAAAUUUGCCCGAUGAUUUCCGUCAAUUUUAUAAACGUCAUGAUGGUCAAUUAAGAGGUGGUAAACCAACAGGAUUGAUUAUGGGGUUAGUUUUAUUAGAUUUAGAAGCCAUUGUUGAAGAAAAAAUCUUGUGGACCAAAGUUGCUGAAAGAUUAGAAGGUCAAUAUUAUAUGGCACAACAUAAACAAAGACAAGAUAAUAUAAUGAAAGAAGGUUCCAGUAAUAAUAAAUCUGGUCCAAUAAAUAAUUCAUUUGUUGCCAAUCAAAGAUCAAUACCUCCCAAUUCUAUUCAACCAUAUUAUUAUCACAAGGGUUGGGUCAUUUUAUUGAAAGAUAACAUUGGUAAUCAAGUGGCAAUGGACCUUUUACCUGGUCCUGCUGGUCAAGUAGGACAAAUCAUAUUAUUUGGACGUGAUUUCGACACCAAAUUAGUCAUUGCUUCAAGUUUACAAGAAUUUUUAUUUGGAUUUGUCACUGAUUUAGAACAAGGCAAUUUCCAAAUUGAUUCGAGUGAAUAUCAAGAACAAUUGGGAUUUUUAUCAAAUGAUCGUAAUGGUGACUUUAUGGUUGGUGAUGAAGAUGAAGAUCAAGGUGAAUUGAGUUUUUGGGAUAAAGAUGGACAAGAAUUUGGUAAAAAUGUGAUUAGAGGAAGAUUAAGUUAUAUUGAAGUAUUGAAAAGAAGAGCUUUGAAAAAAUAUGGGUUAUCGGAAACUUUUGAAACUUCAUUUGUGCCUCAAAGAAUACCAAAGAAACAACAACCACAACAAAAAUCAUCAGGAUCUGGGUCUGGUUCAACUACUCCUAUUAUAAGUCAAUCAAGAAACGCUUCAUCAAGUAAUUUGAAAAAGACCACCACAAAUGGGAAUGCUGCUUCUCCAGCUACUGCUGCCGGCUCCGCCAGUACUGCUACUACUGGUGCUGGCAAUACUAAAAAUAAACCACCAGUUCCAAGUCCAUUGGCUAAUUCAGAUAAUGCUUCAAGUUCAUUUUCAAUUCCUAAAGAAACUAUAUUGAACAAGAAUAAACCAGAAAAGGAGGAAAAGGAAGAUAAACAAGAAGUAUCAUCUUCAGAAAAAGCUACUGUUGAAUCAAAAGAUCCAAUUGAAACUGUAAAUGUCAGUGUGAAUACUGACAAAGAAAAGCCAGAAUCAAAAGCAGAAUCAGAAGCAGUGAAGGCAGAUGAUAAAGAAUCUGAAGAAAUCAAAGUGACCAAGAACAAUGAUACUGAAGAAAGCGAGAAGAAAGUUGAACCUGAACCUGAAUCUGAAUCUGAAGUUGUUGCCAAUGCUGAAAGUCUUGAAGAACAACAAACAGUGGAAAGUUCAGAAACUACUGAAACACUGGAAGUGGAAACCAAAGAGGAAUCUAAAAAAGACACCAAAGAAAAAUCCAAUGAUGAAACAAAAGAAGUAACUGACGGUUUGAAAGAAGUAGAAUUAUAA